AUGGUGUGCUUAGGCACGCAUGGGAACAGUAUGUGGAAGCUUCUCAUAAUGGUAACGUGUCUGGCGGGCAGUGGCCUUGCCCGUCCGGACGUCUCGCACCUGCUGAAGAAGACGAGCGGUGACAAGCAGAAACGGCAGAACUUCAUCAGCGCCUCCGCUAGCCUCGAUGGGAACGGAGUGCUGUUGACCGAAAUUAAGUCCGGUGACGCGGCAAACGUGGAGUCCUUGAUACCGCAGAUUACACUGCUGCCGCUGGAAGAGAACCAACCGUCACCGUUCCGGCGACUGGAGGAUCGGUCGGGGUAUGACUAUCAGAAGCCCGACUUUCCGCUCGAUGUCCAUCCGGACUCGAACCUAGUCAGCCCCGUGUCCACGCAGGCACCGGAGUAUCUUCCUCCGGAAGGAGGCGAGGAGUCAUCGAAUGUUGAUAAAGUGGUACCACCGGGUGUUUCUUCGACAACGACAACCACAACACCCACUACUAGGACUCCAACGACUACGACGACGACGACAACGACGACAACGACGACGACCACUCCGGCUCCAUCGACGUACGGCGUUUCCACCACUCAGCAAGAGUUCGACGACAGCGACGGGUACGGCUAUAAGAAGCCGGAGGUAAUGCUUCCGCUUAACAUCAACGAAGUGAUCGGUGAAGCAAGCGACAUUAAUCAACUUGCGACGACCACGGAACCAACGACGACCACAACGCCAAAGGCGUCCCUUGAGUAUCUACCGCCAAAGCCACGACCGGAGUUGGUGGUUCCCAAGCAACCGAGUACCACCACGGGUCAACCACAGACUGAACCAUCCACUUACCCGUCGAGCGUUAGCUCCACGACCCAGUACCAGCUGCCAACGGAACCACAAGCCUACCCGAAGCAACCAGAAGUAUCGAUCUAUCCGGACGCCUCGGGAUCGGUGUCGACCGUUGUGACGCAACAGACUUCCACCGAGUUGCCUUCCACGUCCGCACCGGAGUAUCUACCUCCGGACGACAAUGGGUUCCAGAUUAUCGUUAGAAUUGACUCGGAGGGCAAUGAGACGAGCACAACGACCGUAAGCAGUGCCAGUAGUACUACUACUUUCGUUCAAUCCACGGAGCAAGCCACGACGCUGCUGCCAGCACUACCUGAAGCGGACAGUUUGGUGCAACAGGAGUUCGAGCAACAGCCAUCCAGCACCCAGCAGGACGAACAGACAACAACCACGACGAACGCUUUCGUGAGCAGCACCACGCUUCUGACUGGAGAGUCGACGGGGACUCCCAUCGAUGAAACUUCCUCCAUGAUAUCGCUGAUCAACCAGCUUCAGGAGAUGAACCAGAUAGCGCCGCAGGCUGAUUUCGUUCCGGAAGUACGACUUGCCGACGACGAUGUUACAACGGUUACCUCUAGUGCGGCCCCAUCCACUACCACAACGUUCUCGUCCACGUUUACUACCGCCGCCGUGACUUCACCGGCGACCGAGGAACCAACGGAGCGCAGUGCAACAGAAGCACCCACCACGGAAGCCCCACUGUCACUGGAGUCUAGACUCGGUUCCGAAGAGACGACAGAUUUUUCCCUUCUAGAUCUACUUUCCCCAACGACUACGUCCACGGUUGCUCCUGAACUCGUUGUCGUCCAGAAUGACACGAUCACGACGUACCAUCCAACGUCCACGGGACAGACGGUGGACCAGACGACAGCCACAACCGCUGCCGCCGUCGAGUCGAGUGCGGACGAGUCGGAGAUUCAGUCGAGGAUAGCAGAUCCCAACGAUGGCUACAACUACGAGGCCCCGGAGAACGGUCUCGCGGUGCCAUCUGCCGUCGCACCUUCCCAUACGCUCGAGGCGGACGGGUAUCACUACAAAGUUCCCUCGGUGCCGUUCCCUUAG